AUGAGUAGGAGAGAAACGCGCAGACUCUCAGCCACGACCAGUGUCCACGCCACAUGGGGAGACUCACCGACUCCCGUGAAGAAGAGCGGAGAGAGCCGAAAAGCCGAAGCGCCAGCAGAGGCUAGCGGCAGAGAAAACACAGAUUUGGGAGCCAAGGAAGGCACGCACCAAAGAGAGGAUCGGGACAGAAGUUUUGACUCUAGAACUGGCCGGUCGCAAGCGGAAAAAAGUAAAGUGAAAGUGGAAGCAGAAGACGAGGAGCGGAACAGGAGCCAACAGAAGUGGAACACCAGGAAGACAGGAGCGGAGCAGGAAGGAGAGGGAUUCAACAAUAAAAUCCAUUUUACAGCCAGCCGGAGUGCUCGUCAACUUAAAAUUUAUUUUAGUGACGAAAUCGUACUGGCGUAUAAUGUGGAUGGAGUACAAGGGAAGAAAGCCCUCAGGAGCCACUCGGAGUUUUAUGGAGCUUUGCUAGAAUGUAUUCCGCCUGGAGACGAAGCACCAGAAAUGCUGAUGCGCAAAGCGAUGCAGAGGGUGAAAAAACGAGUGUUCAAGCAAAGGUGUACCAAACCAAAAAAUGAGUUAGAAUCUGUUUAGGCUAGGCUAGAUUUU